AUUUUUGCGUAAUACUCUGGCCAUUCAGGACAAAACCCGGUCGUUUUGCUCAAUUUUCCCGAUUUCUCCUUCCUCUCCACCUUGCGCGCAACUCGCAAGAACAUCGCUUCCGUAGCCUAGAUUUCGUGCGACGGCUGAGAACUCCAACGACGAACAAACCCACCGGCGACGGCGACGCUCGAGACGCCAGGUCUGCGGCGGCGAAGGCAGCCACGGCCAGCUACUCGUGACGUCGAAUCGGCGCGACCUCCCCGACUGUAGCCCCCUGCGACAGGCCAAACCUACAUAUUCGAGCCCUUUCCUUGUGACGGUCGAGAUCUACGACGACUGGCCCAGUACCAUCACCAACCAAAUACAUCCUUAGAGAUUUCGAAUCAAUAGGGAUUAAAGAGCAGGGUCAAGUAGACGUUUUUUAUCAAGUGACUUAGUGACACAGGCUGAAUUCUUCAUAAAUACAACCUCAUCUAGAGAGUCUCCUUCAAACCAACCGCAAUGUGGCAACUCAAGAUUGGGGCCGAUUCCGUGCCUGUUGAUCCUUCUAAUGCUGGUGGAUGGCUCUCAACUCUCAACAACCACGUGGGUCGUCAAGUUUGGCAUUUUCAUCCCGAACUCGGCACUCCAGAAGAUCUUAAGCAAUUACAACAUGCUCGCCAAAACUUCUCCAACCACAGGUUCGAGAAGAAGCAUAGUGCUGAUCUCCUCAUGAGGAUGCAGUUUGCAAAGAAGAACCCAUCCUUUGUGAAUCUACCACAAAUCAAAGUUAAAGAUAAAGAAGAUGUGAAAGAGGAGGCAGUAACUUGCACCCUAAGAAGGGCUAUAAAUUUUUAUUCAACAAUCCAGGCAGAUGAUGGUCACUGGGCUGGGGAUUAUGGUGGUCCCAUGUUUCUAAUUCCUGGUUUGGUCAUUACUCUUUCCAUUACUGGGGCUUUGAAUGCCGUCUUAUCUACAGAACACCAGCGUGAGGUUUGCAGAUAUCUCUACAAUCAUCAGAAUAAAGAUGGAGGAUGGGGUUUACAUAUUGAAGGCCCAAGCACAAUGUUUGGUUCUGUGCUGAGUUAUGUUACUUUGAGGUUGCUUGGUGAAGAAGCUGAAGAUGGAGAGGGGGCUGUGGACAAAGCACGUAAAUGGAUCUUGGACCAUGGUGGUGCAAAUCAGAUUACUUCUUGGGGGAAAAUGUGGCUUUCAGUACUUGGAGUAUAUGAAUGGGCUGGAAAUAAUCCACUUCCUCCAGAAAUAUGGCAAUUGACUUAUCUUCUACCUUGUCAUCCAGGAAGGAUGUGGUGUCAUUGUCGAAUGGUAUACUUGCCUAUGUGUUAUCUAUAUGGGAAGAGAUUUGUUGGUCCUAUAACGCCCAUAAUUAGAUCUUUAAGGAAGGAGCUCUAUCUAGUCCCUUAUCAUGAAAUUGAUUGGAAUAAAGCUCGUAAUCAGUGUGCAAAGGAAGAUCUGUAUUACCCACAUCCACUGGUUCAAGAUGUUCUGUGGGCUUCGCUGCGCUAUGUCUAUGAGCCUCUUUUUAUGCGUUGGCCUGCAAAAAGACUGAGGGAAAAGGCUUUGCAGAGUGUAAUGCAGCAUAUCCACUAUGAAGAUGAAAAUACUCGGUAUAUAUGCAUAGGGCCUGUGAACAAGGUAUUAAAUAUGCUUUGCUGUUGGGUGGAGGAUCCACAUUCAGAGGCAUUCAAAUUGCAUAUUCCAAGAAUCUAUGAUUAUUUGUGGAUUGCUGAAGAUGGCAUGAAAAUGCAGGGUUAUAAUGGAAGUCAAUUAUGGGAUACUGCAUUUGCUGUUCAAGCCAUCCUGUCAACUAAGCUUGUUGAAGAAUAUGGAACAACUUUAACAAAGGCGCACAAGUAUAUAAAAGAUUCCCAGGUCUUAGAAGAUUGUCCGGGGGAUUUAAAAUUUUGGUACCGUCAUAUUUCAAAAGGUGCGUGGCCAUUUUCAACUGCAGAUCAUGGAUGGCCCAUAUCUGACUGCACUGCUGAAGGUUUGAAGGCUGUCCUUCUAUUAUCGAAACUUCCAUCAGAAAUAGUAGGGAAGUCAAUUGAUGUAGAACGGAUAUAUGAUGCUGUAAAUGUCAUCCUGUCCUUACAGAAUACUGAUGGUGGCUUUGCCACUUAUGAACUGACCAGAUCAUACCGGUGGCUGGAGCUGCUGAACCCAGCUGAAACUUUCGGCGAUAUUGUCAUUGACUACCCAUAUGUCGAGUGUACCUCAGCGGCAAUUCAAGCACUUGCAAUGUUCAAGAAAUUAUAUCCAGGUCAUAGAAGGGAUGAAAUUGAUAAUUGUAUUGCUAAAGCUGCAGACUUCAUUGAAAGCAUACAAGCGGCUGAUGGAUCUUGGUAUGGAUCUUGGGGAGUCUGCUUCACCUAUGGUGGUUGGUUUGGGAUAAAGGGUCUGAUUGCUGCUGGAAGGAGAUACGAUAAUUGCUCUAGCGUUCGUAAAGCUUGUGAUUUCCUGUUGUCUAAAGAGCUUGCUGCAGGUGGUUGGGGAGAAAGUUAUCUUUCCUGCCAGAAUAAGGUGUACACAAAUAUUAAAGAUGAUAGGCCACAUUGUGUGAAUACAGGCUGGGCUAUGUUGUCCCUCAUUGAUGCUGGGCAGUCUGAGAGAGAUCCAACACCAUUACACCGAGCAGCAAGGAUAUUAAUUAAUUCUCAGAUGGAGGAUGGAGAUUUUCCUCAAGAGGAGAUCAUGGGAGUGUUCAACAAGAAUUGCAUGAUUAGUUAUGCUGCUUACCGUAACAUUUUUCCGAUAUGGGCUCUAGGUGAAUAUCGUUGUCGGGUACUACAAGCCCAUUGAAUGAUAUAUAUGUUGCUGCCCUCUGCAGCCAAUCUAUCGGUAACAGAAGUAUUAUUAUUUUAUUUCAGAUGUUUUAUGGUUUCUUCAACUCUUCUAAAUUGAAUCAGAUGGACAAAUAUUUCUUAAUUGCCUUAUGAAGUUGCAGGAGCAAAUAUUUUUUGGUUUACAAUGAUGCAAACGGGUAGGGUGGGUACAUGUUCAAUAACAACAAUGCAUUAUUGGAGUUUCCAGUCAUGGGAAUAAAUACUUCUUGAUUUACUUGCAUUUGACGGUAGAGAAGUCAAAUUUCAUCGGA